UAUAUUACAUGGGAUUACAUGCACGUAAACUUCAUUAGUGCCAUAAGAGGGGACCUGCAGGAUGGCACGGGUUUGGCAUCUAAUGGUCUAUCUCCUGGCCAGGUCUCUUUCAACACUCUCUGCCCAAGAGGCAUUGAUUAUUAGUUUCCAGUCUUCCGCCAACAACAACGCUUCGUUGUAUACAUAUCGAGGCACGGUCGAGCAACUGUCAAAACCACCCAACAUCCAGCCUGUGGUGACAUCAUUCUCGUUAGCCGGUGUGACUAUUACCAGCCUGACCUCUGACCCCAGCAAUGAUGUUCUCUUCUUUUACGAUUACUACACACAAGCCAUAUAUCAAAUGUCGAAUUUUACUUCUUCGUCCGUCCGUCAAACGAUUAUGUUGCAAUCUGUUCCCAGUUCUAUAAACACUAACAUUGCGUUUGACUGGAUAACCCAAAAUCUCUAUUGCACUGAUGGACAUCUCGGUUGGAUUUUUGUGAUAAACUUGGCAAGUGCGAAUGAUAUGCGUAGGAUUCUCCUGGAUACAAAUAUGGAGUCACCAAAGGCUAUCACAGUCGACCCAACGGAAGGUUUCAUGUUCUGGGGAGACAACUACAGAGGUAGCACCCGUAUAGAGCGGGCAGACCUGUCUGGGGAGUUUCGUCAGGUGAUUGUGUCCAUUAGUAUUCUGAGUAUCGGGGACAUAUCCGUCGACGUCCAAGAAAAUCGUAUCUACUGGACAGAUACAAUACGCAACACCAUCGAACGCUGCAUGUAUGAUGGCAAACAAAGGGAGAUAAUCCAUCACCAGAAUAAUUACUUUUUCUCCAAAAUCGUAACUGAUCUCAUCCAUGUAUGUGUCACAGAGGAUUACCUGGAUAGACUGAUAUGUAUGUACAAAGGUUCUUCCGAGGAUGUUCUAUCAAAGAGGUACGGUCGGCAGCCUUACGGGCUUGAGAUCUUUGAUAGUUCUCGGAAACCACCAGCUUCAGACAAAUGUGCGCUGAAGACAUGUCAACACUUCUGUGCCCCGACUGCUACGGGAGCUACCUGUCUGUGUAAGAAUGGGUACACCCUUCAGGGGGACGGGACGUCAUGUACUGCGGAUCACGAUGUACCCGUGAAAGGAUUACUACUGGGAAACAGAACACAUGUUUGUGUAAUAGACUUAAUGAAUCUGAUGACAAACCUUCAAAAACUUCACUCCUGCUUACUAGACAAUCUAAAAGAUUUGACAUUUUUGUCUGUGGAUGCUAGAACCCUGGACGUGUUUUAUGUCGAUACGGGAACAAACAGCCUUAAGUCCGUCAAUCUGCAAACACGGAGUACUACAUAUCUCACUAGUACAGGACUUGUAUCAGGGUUAGCCUAUGAUUGGUUCGGUCGAAAUCUAUAUUGGACUGAAAAAGACACAAAGAAAAUCAAACUCGUCACCGUGGCAACGCGUGCGUCUAGUGACCUUGGAACUAGUACCCUGAGUCCGUCUGACGUAACGGUAGAUCCACAUGGACGAACAGUUUACUGGAUAUCGGGACCAGGUACAUCUCAAAAUACGAUACAGGCGAUCUCGACAAACGGCAGCAUGGAGCAGUCAGAAAUCGUGUCCACUGGCAAUUCACUAACGGCAUUGUACUACGAUACACUAGGGAACAGACUGUACUGGGUGGAAGAUGGGGCACUGAAGAGUUCUCUUGGAAGCGGAAGUGAUAUCACUGUACAUAAGAUACUGGCUGCACAAUAUCACUCACAGCUCCUCGUCUACAAGAGGUAUGUUGUUUGGGUCGGUUCUGCGAGUUCCCAGUUCCACACAAUGUCCAUGGAGAAUAAACAACUCAAAACUCUGGACGUCGAUGGAUUUGGAGAUAUAACAGGGAUGGCUGUAUUUGACAAAUCCAUGCAAACGUUGGAGCCAGAGCCAUGCUCCGUCCUAAACGGUGGCUGUUCCCAAGUAUGUAUCCCGACGUCCGAUACGGAGAGACGGUGUGCAUGCACAUUUGGAUUCACACUGCAACCAGACCAGGCAUCUUGCAAGAGCAAGCAAGUUCUGACGAACAACUUCCUAUUGGUACCCGACUUGAACCAUGCACGUCUGUACCAACUGUCCCUAGACGCUGUCUCGCCUGAGUUCCUGGCUCUUGAUAUACAGGUGGACAGACCAGUCGAUGCCGUGUAUGAUGCCAUAAAUCAAUUCAUUUACUGGACAGAGGCUAACCUCAAUGUUAUCAAGAGAGCUAAACCAGAUGGUUCACAAACCCAGACUUUACUAACUUUCUCACAAGAGUAUCCCGAACGGUUGGCCAUCGAUUCUGGUACUGGGAACGUGUUCUACACGACCUCGGCUGUCGGCGACACUUCCGAGAGGGACGGUAAAGUCGGAGUGCUAAGGAUAAUCCAGGACCAUGUCUACAAUAAGGUGUUAAUCAAAGACCAGGGUGCCGCCGACUUUGUGCAGGGACUGCUUGUUUAUCCUAAAAAGGGAUUUCUAAUCUGGAGCGUGACCGACUUUGAUAGUACAACAGUCGUUGGAGCAAUAUAUAAGUCUUUCAUGGACGGAUCUUCUGUCACCGUACUGGUAUCUGAUGUUAACAGACCUCAGGGUCUCACCAUGGACUACACAACCGAACGUGUGUACUGGUCUUCGUACGAAGGAAUAGGGUAUACAGAUUUGUUCGGGAACAAGGGUACAGUGCUACAGAGCUCGAAACAAUUGACAGAUUUGGUGGUAUCUAGUAAUGUCAUCUACUACACAGGUAGAAAUACCAGAAACGUCGUUAAGAUCGACAAGACUACUGGAGCAAACAUUCAUUGGUUAGAAAGUACUCCGGAAGUCGGCAACGUCAUUUCUCUCGAUAUAUACACCGGGCAACAACAACAGGCUAAUAUCAAUUGCGCCAAUAAUGGUAUGUGUGACGUUUUCUGUCUCCCAACACAUUUGGGGAAAUCAUGCGCAUGCCAGGAUGGAGUAUAUCUACAACCAGACGGUCUGUCAUGUGGAUCAAGUGUGAGAUGUGAAGCGAUAAUACCUAAUGGCCUGAUAUCAUCCUUCUGUACGGGAGUAGUAGGGGAAACCUGUACCUAUCAAUGUAAUUCUGGUUAUCAUAAAAACACCGAACAUUCCACUAUCACUUGUCUCUCUGCGGGUACUUGGACGACACUACGAACCAAUCUCUGCCUAGUGGAUUCCUCGCCUACUACCGUGACGACUUUACCGGUCAUCGUUGGAGUUGUUGUGGCGGCGGCAUUCGUUAUCGUAAUCAUCGUCAUUGUCGUUGUGUGUGUUUGGAAGAGAAAACGCAAACCACAGGGCUAUCCAGACUCUAUGUAUCUGAGUAGUAUAAACGGCAUGAACAUACCCACAGUGGUACAGAACCAGUAUGGGCUGACCGACGACAAUCUCGGCGCUGUAAGUCCACAACUUGUGGUGACACCUUCCGAUUACGCUGAAAAGAAUAAGAUUAAUCCCGCUUACCUCUAUCCACCAGAAGUGCGCGCAAGAUGCCCUUCACCGGAUCAUGUUUAUGCCGAGCUCCCGCCGGCUUACUCGCAGACAGACCCUAACUUCAUCAACCCGAUGGGAAGUGAACACGAGGACAUUGCUCAGCCAAAUCCAUACAUGGAUCCAGAAUUGAUCGCUGAUAAUGACUCAUAUAAACAACUACAGCAAGAGAGAAAAAAACGUCGCAGUCUACUGGAAAACUCCCCUAAGUCGAAUUCAUCCUAUCAUCAAAACGAUUCAUCCAUGAUGGAUAACGACCGCAGAGCACAUGAAAAUCCGUAUCUGCUGCCUGUUCACGAGUCGGAGGCAACCUCCUCAAAAUACGGAAAAUAUGAAAUUGAUCACCGUGGGCUUAAGAGCUCUAAACAUAACUUCGAUGCCAGCGAAUUUAAGCCAUACCAGAUUCAACAGGACACCGCAUCGGCAUAUAGCCGCCCAAACGACAUUGGACACUCUCCGAAGGGUCAGAGCGUCAAUUCAGGAGAAGCUCGUGGCCUAGCUAUCCAACAAUCCAACUCUGAUUUGCCUUCGCCUUCUCGACCGCAUGGUUACACUAACGAAUCCUAUUCUCCUUAUGUAACGUCUCAAUCCAAUCACCGUCGAUCUUUACAGGAUUCUCUACCAGGAAUCAACACACCGCCAUCCCAACAACUGUCUGGUCAUGACUAUAUUGAGUUGGGGAGAUGAUUAGUUAAUAAAUCAUGCAUGUUCUGGUAUGAAACAUCUCCCAAUAAUUACAACAAUAUUAAUGUUGAUAAUUUCGGAGAUAUCUUUCUAUUACCUUUAACAUUCCAAGCUGAUAACGAAGAUAAUUAGAAAAAAAAAUGAGGUGAAAUGACCUGUCCAAAUGUGGAAAAGAAUAUAAAUACUAGAUUUAAUUAGAAUCAGGCGACAGGGAAAUAAUGCUAUCUUGUAGUUAACACAAAAUAUUGUUUGCUUUAUCUGAAUCAAAAUGUACUGUUAAUAACUGACUGUCAUUUAACGAAACUUUAAUAUCUUUACCAAUGUGAGACAGACAACAGUCUCUACCAAAAUAUUCGAGGAAUGUAAUGUACCCGGUGAUCAAUUUGAUCUUUUGUAAUGCAGUUAUGAUAUAGACUAUUUCAAGCUUUAAAUACGCUUGCAACUACAUAGAACAGGGUAUUACCUUAAUCAAACGGACAAGAAGUUAAGUAAACUUAACCAAUGAUUGGUAUCAACUUAACUCUUUUGUUUUUUAGGGUCAUAUAAAACGUUAUUUGUUUAAAUGUAUGAUACAUUUCCAGAAUAUCAUAAUUCGAACUCAAAAUCGACAAAAUAAGGACAAAAUACGAACAAAAUAUAGAAAUAAAUUCACAAAGGAGACUAAGACGUGUUCCGGAGAAAACCCGCCAUUGUAAAUCUAGUACAGCUAUGGACCAUAACCAACGAUAUUGAUAAAUCUGGCCCCAACUUUGCCAAUGAAGCUUAUGUACUGUUUUCUAUCACCGGUACUGAGAGUGAGCUGCUCUAUUUAAACUCAAUUACGCUCUAAAACUUGAGCAAUUCAAUGUAGAUACCGUGAUAUUAUCAUCCUUAUAUACCUUACUUUCUCCCAGCCAAUCAGUGACGUUGUAAGAUCGGUAAAGCUUGGUGUGUGGUUUGCUGUGGUGACAUUUUGUUUUGUUUAGAUAAAGUUGAUAACGACGCUUUGCUUUGAUAUCGUCUUAGAAUACAUCUUUUCGUGCUUGGAUUUCUCUCUUUCAUGUAAGAUUAUUCUAUUUCUAAUACUAGCAGUUAUUAUUAAUAAUGUUACUACUAAUAUUCUGGUCAUGUGUUUGUUUUAAGCUCACCUGCCCGAAGGACAUGUGAGCUUAUGCCGUGUCACAGCGUCCGUCGUCCGUCCGGCCGUCCGGCCGUCCGGCGUCAACUUUUCCAUUUAAACAAAUUCUUCUCAAUAAUCAAGAGGCCCAGACAGCCAAUAUUAUACUUGGACCAUAAUAUAAUUUUGAAAGAGUCAAAUUGGCCAAAAUAUUUAAAAGACACUUUUACAAAUAACAGCGACAGCCUGAGAUCUCUGAUACACUUGUUCUUAAUUAUGUUUAUGUAUAUAAAGGAUCACUGGAUAACAGGUGAGCGAUUCGGGCCCAUUGGGCCCUUGCUUUUGUGUACUUAUUUAUACAUUGUUAUAACCAGCAAAUAGUAAAUAAUAAUAUUGUGUGUAUGUAAAUACGUAGGGAAUGCUCAUGUAAAUAGAUUUUAUUUUGCAUAGGAAAUAAAGAUGCAUAUACAUGUUCAUGUUAAUAUCA